UUAAGUGAAAGCUUAUUUUGAGAGUUACUUUCAGGUACAAGAGCUGAAGACUAAGAUGCAAAGUUCAGGAAUGCCUUGGCCUGGUGAUGAGGGUGAACAACGAUGGGAACAAGCAUGGUUGGCUAUAAAAAAGGUCUGGGCUUCAAAGUGGAAUGAGAGAGCAUACUUCAGCACAAGAAAAGUGAAAUUAGACCAUGAUUAUCUUUGCAUGGCUGUCCUUGUUCAAGAAAUAAUAAAUGCCGACUAUGCAUUCGUUAUUCACACAACUAACCCAUCUUCAGGAGACUCGUCGGAGAUAUAUGCUGAGGUUGUCAAAGGUCUUGGAGAAACCUUAGUUGGAGCUUAUCCUGGACGUGCCUUAAGUUUUAUUAGCAAGAAAAAUGCUCUGGACUCUCCUCAGGUGUUAGGUUACCCUAGCAAACCGGUUGGCCUCUUUAUCAGACGGUCCAUAAUCUUCUGA